CUUAUGACGUACUACUUUCCCUUUCUGCUGGAGGAGAAGCUGGCUCUGGUGCCCAGGAUCAGGACCUCUGCCAUCCACAGAGCCACAAAGCAACAGUCAGGACUCAGAAGCAAAGUUUACAAGUGAGGAAGAUCCAUUUGGUAUCGGAAGAUGAAGAAGGUACUUUUCCUGGUGCUAAUAUCUUUCUGUUGGGCUGAUCAUCAAGCCAGGAACUCCACGCUGCACCAUGACAGGAUCAUUCACGUCCAUGAGGAUGAUCCUCGUCUUUAUGUGGAGGUAGAGCAAACAAAAGUAAUUUCCCAUCGAGGUGGUAAUGCAACAUUGCCAUGCAAGUUUUUACAUGACUCAGUGAACUCUGGAUCACCAUCUCAUAAAAUCCGUAUCAAAUGGACAAAACUGACUUCAGAUUACCUCAAGGAAGUGGAUGUCUUCGUUUCAAUGGGGCAUCACAAGAGGAGUUAUGGCAGCUACCAGGGAAGGGUUUACCUACAAGGAGCAAGUGAAAAUGAUGCUUCACUUGUGAUUACUGACAUAACACUGGAAGACUAUGGCAAAUACAAAUGUGAAGUCAUUGAAGGACUGGAGGACGAUACUGCUGUUGUGUCAUUGGACUUACAAGGUGUUCUAUAUCCAUAUUUUCCACGUUUGGGUCGGUACAGUUUCAAUUUCCAUGAAGCGCAAAAAGCCUGUCAAGACCAGGAUUCUAUAAUUGCCUCUUUUGAUCAACUAUAUGAUGCAUGGAGGUCAGGACUUGAUUGGUGCAAUGCAGGGUGGCUAACUGAUGGAUCAGUACAAUACCCAAUUACCAAUCCUAGAGAACCCUGUGGGGGCAAACACACUGUUCCUGGAGUUCGAAACUAUGGAUAUAGGGACAAAGACAAAGGCCGAUAUGAUGUCUUUUGUUUCACAUCAAACUUCAAAGGUCGCUUCUACUACCUAAUACACCCAACAAAGCUUACAUAUGAUGAAGCAGUCCAGGCCUGUAUCAAUGAUGGAGCUCAGAUUGCUAAAGUAGGCCAGAUGUAUGCAGCAUGGAAACUCCUGGGUUAUGAUCGCUGUGAUGGAGGAUGGUUGGCGGAUGCCAGCGUCCGUUACCCAAUCUCAAAACCGAGACGACGAUGCAGUCCCAAUGAGGCAGCUGUCCGCUUUGUAGGUUACCCAGACAAGAAGCACAAGCUCUAUGGUGUUUACUGUUAUAAAGCAUAGAACUAUAGCACCCUAAAACACGAAACAGUAUUACAAAUGUUAAGAACAUGUGAAAAAAGAUUUAUUUAAAAAAAUGAACUCCUGCAAGCUAUAAAAACUGUGAUAAACCUUUUUACUUACUGUAAGAAAACUAUUGUCAUAAAUCCAUAUCAGUUGCUUAGUUGUGUUUUUUUUCCAGUUAUCUGUUAAAAUAUGUAAAAGAGUUUUAACUAGGACUGAAUUGUAAUUUAAACACAAUUAAUAUGGGCAUGCCAUAGCUUGACAAAUCUCAAAUGUGGAAUGUAAAAUUAUUCCGAAUAGAAAUGUAUAAAGCACAUCUUUUUAAUUUCUAUAUUUUAUUUUUUAUUUUAAUUUCUGGAUUUUUUUUAAAUGCACUACUAGGAAGAGAUAUAGUAUAUCAACAGGUGCUUGUUUCGCAAAAUAGAUAGCUAGCAUACUAUUUAAACUGCAUUUGCUUUGGAACGUGGUUGUUUUAGUAUUUUGAGGGGGGGGGGGGGGAAUUAAAAA